GUGCACUUCUGUUUUCUUUCUUUCUUUUUUUAAACCAUGCAGUUAGUUUCUGUCGAUGUGCAGGGUCUUCGCCUCGAGAACAUGCAUCUGCUCGGCAGGUCCGCAUAAUUUGGAUAGUUUGGCACUAAACUGCCGGCAGCGCAUUCCUUUCGGAGAGCAGUUGAAUUUUAAUGGCAGCACGGAGGAGCUGCAGCGGCGGCUUCCCCCCGGCAGGCAGAACGCCCUCCUUCCCUCCCGCCUGCCCCCGUCCCACCUUUUCGGGCUGGUUUUUAUCUCCAGGGGUUUACUUCCCCGCUCAGGGACGUGCCUCCGUUGCUGGAGGAAGGAAGGGGGAACUGGGAGGAUUGCUCCCUAAAUAUAAACGGAAGAAAAAAUGCCCGUUUCUCCCGUUGGUCGCGAGUGAGGGAUAGGAUAACGUUUGGGCCUCGGGCAGCAAACCCCUUUUUCUUUUUUUUUAAUAACAUCAUUAUUUUAAUAAUUUCUUUCAUGCGUGCAGCAGCGCUGCUGCAGGGUCUGCCCUGAUAGCCUAACGCGGGCGUUUCCCCUGAGAAAUUGGGCACGGUGACUCCUCGUCCUUGGGCGCGUUGGGCUGCAAGCGGCCAAAUACCGCGUGCCGAGCCCAAAACGCAGCUAUUUCCCCCAAAACCAUGCUGGGGGGAUUGGGCAGCGCGGUGCCCCGCGGCCGUUUCACCUCGUGCUCACUGGAUCAGGCGCUGGUAAUUUUCCCUUUCUGUCCUGAACGGGGUUGCUGAAUUUCCUUGUCGGAGCUGUCGGGGUGGGUGGCACCUCUGCGGGCAGGGAGAGCCCUGUUGUUGUCAGGAAAUUUGGGACCUGUCCAGGUGAAGAGCACGUUGCUGGUGUUUGCUGUUACUGGCUAACCCGGUGUGCCUGAGCUGACGCCCGGUAUUUGCCUACCUCGGAGCCCUCCUAAGCUGCUCCGGUUCUUCUCUUCACGUUGUAAAUAACUGCGAAGGAGCAGGAGCAGCUAAACGCCACCAAGGUUAGGCGGAAAAUAGUAAUUAAGCAGCGCCUCGUCAGCACUUCUGGUUGCGAUUCCAUCUCCGUGUGGCCGUCUCAUCUGAAUGGAAAUGUCAGGUCCCAGAGCUGCUGCUGUAGGGUUGCCACUCGAUGGCCGUCAACGGGAGUCGCACUCAGCGAGAAACCAAAUGAGGUUUGACAAGAGCAAGUGUGGAGUCCUGCCCCUGGGAAGGAACAACCGCAGGUAUCAGUGCAGGCUGGGGGAUGGCCUGCUGGAGAGGAGCUCUGCGGAGGAGGACCUGGGGGUCCUGGUGGACGACAGGUUGGCCAUGAGCCAGCAGUGCGCCAUGGUGGCCCAGAAGGCCAACGGGAUCCUGGCGUGCGUUAAAAGGAGCGUGGCCAGCAGGUCAAGGGAGGUGAUCCUCCCCCUCUGCUCUGCCCUGGUCAGGCCUCACCUGGAGCUCUGGGUGCAGUUCUGGGCUCCCCGGCACAAAAAAGACGGGGAUCUCCUGGGAAGAGUCCAGCGGAGGGCCCCAAAGCUGAUACGGGGCCUGGGGCAUCUCCCCUGGGAGGAGAGGCUGAGAGACCUGGGUCUGGGCAGCCUUGGGAAGAGAAGGCUGAGAGGGGAUCUGAUCGAUGUCUGUAAAUACCUGAGCUGUGGGAGACGGAGGGACGUGGCCGACCUCUUUUCAGGGGUUUGUGGGGACAGGACAAGGGGCAGUGGCCACAAAAUGGAGCCCAGGCAGUUCCACACCAACACGCGAAAGAACUUCCCGGUGAGGGUGAUGGAGCACUGGGACAGGCUGCCCAGGGAGGUUGUGGGGUCUCCGUCUCUUGGAGCCUGCCCAUAUUUCAAGCUGACAGCACCCUUUCAGCCGUUGCGAGUUGUAUGUGAGGGCAACUUCCUAGCGGAUGAAAUGCAGCUGCUUUGGGGUGAAAUGUGGCGUCUUCGCAAUCCUGCAGAGACACUCAGUCUAGGAUAACAGGCGUGUGAUGCUUUGUAGGCACGUCGGGGGUCAACGGAGAAAAAAGAGCUGCCUGGGAGACUGGGGUCAGCAGCUGGAGCUCCCCCUUGGUGGCCCGGUCAGGCCUCGUUUGUCCCAAUGGGGGGACCGGCCAGCAGUCAUGUCAGUGGCUCUUGGCACUUGCCACCUCUCUGUCAGGAGCUCCUUUGCAGGCAUAUUUCACCCAACCCUCCAGCAUCUCAUUACUCCUUGCUCCUGCUGCAAGCCGGCAUUUGUUUUUUUGCAGCUUUGUCGUUGGGUUUCUUCGUGUUUUGUUGUUUUUUUUUGAACCUGUAUAGGUGAAGGCUGUUCCCUAUCUCGUUACAAAUCCCCGGAGCCGUCCCGUCCUGUGCACGGCCUCGUAACCCGGCUCUCCAGCCCCCAGAGGAGGCAGCACCGCGCCGUUUCUCCUGGCGGCCUCCGGCUGAGGCUCAGCCCGGUGCCAAGGCCCGGAGGCCGUCCCGGGGAGCCUCGCGGUGCCUCCCCCGUGCCUCUCCUUGCUUUUGCCCCCUCGCCGUCUGGGCCGCCGUGGAUCCGAGCCGCCGAGGGCCGCACAAAGGGCGUGUUGUACGAGGAGAAUGAGCCGCGGAGCCGUACGACUUGCCAUGCCAGCCCUCGGCGGUCUCAUGACCCCGCAGCCGUUCCCACACUGUCCGGCCGAUUGUCCUGGCCCCCCCCCCGGCCUGGGGGGGUCACCUCGCGUGGCCUGACUCCCUCCCACACACCCCCCGGUCCCUCACGUCCCUGGGGGCUGACAAAGCCCGGCUGUGCAGGCGGUGCGGCCCGACUGCCGGCGAGAUUAUCGCCUGCAGCUUCAAAAUGCUUCGUGCAGCUCAAAUUCUCCUUGGGGGGGGGGGGGGGGGGGGGAAGCUUCCCAAAAGCAUUGGGUCCAGAGGGGAACAAGGGCUGGACCCUGCGGGGAAGGGGGGAGACCUUGCCCAAGGUCAUGCCUGGAGCCAGCGCCUGCGCUGCUGGGACUCCUGGUCCCUUUUCCUGGACCUAUUGCUUUUAAAAACCCGUCAACUACGAGCCUCGAGUUGAAAUCCUGCUGUUUUGGGAGGCUGUUUGGAGCUGCAGGCCUCUGGGGAGCCUCCUGGGUGGGACGUGGGGUAAGAGGCGUGCUUCAGCGCUUGGUGUUACGGGCAGAAUUUCCAGGGGGCUGCGGGACAAAUCCAGCCCUGACCCCCAGCAUGCACGAUGGGUCUUCGGAGAGCUUAAAGGCUGAUUUAUGCAUUCCUACCCUUCGCAUCGAAGAUGGCGGGCGGUGUGGACGGCCCCAUAGGGAUCCCGUUCCCCGACCACAGCAGCGACAUCCUUAGCAGCCUGAACGAGCAGAGAAACAAUGGGCUGUUGUGUGACGUUGUCAUCUUGGUGGAAGGCCAGGAGUUCCCCACCCACCGCUCCGUCCUGGCGGCGUGCAGCCAGUACUUCAAGAAGCUCUUCACCUCAGGGUUAGUGGUGGACCAGCAAAACGUGUAUGAGAUAGACUUUGUGAGCGCGGACGCCUUGUCGGCUCUGCUGGAGUUCGCCUACACCGCGACCCUUACCGUCAGCACUUCGAACGUCAACGACAUCCUCAACGCCGCCAAACUGCUGGAGAUCCCGGCGGUAAGGGAUGUUUGCACGGAUCUCCUGGACAGGAAGAUUCUGGCCAAAAAUGACCAGAUGGAUAUAGUAGAUCAAAUUGAUCAGAGGAACCAUCUCAGAGCAAAAGAGUACCUGGAGUUCUUCCAGAGCAACCCCGUCAACGGCCACCAAGGCAGCUUUCCGUGGACCAACUCAGAGUUGAGAGACCUUCAGAGACUGAACUUCCGAGGCCAAGAGGAAGAGGAGGAGCCGGACUGCAAUGGCAUGGACUUCUACUCGCAAGCCCCCCUAAACGAAAGACCAAAGGCGAAUGACUGUGAUCCCGACAGCAACCCAGCCAUGUGGCUGGACAGAGAAGAGGAGGAGGCGGCGGUGGCGGCCCCCGGCUCCUUGUAUUCACCUUCUCAGAACGGACAUUACAGCAGCCGUGGCCUGCCCACGCCGGGAGAAGAGGAGGUGACUUCGGGGGGCCCUCUGGACCAGCAGGAGGCUGGCGACUCCCCCAGCUUCGUGCCCACCGGAGCAGACACGGAGGAUGACGCGAGGGAGGUGGAUGGCUUGGCUGCCAGCGCCCUGCUGCAGCAAAUGAUCAAUUCCGUGGGGAGACAGCAGCUGGGGGAGGACGACCGAAAGGACGACGAUGGGGUCAUGGAUUAUUACUUGAAAUACUUCAGCAGUUCGAACGAGGGCGACGUGUAUCCGUCCUGGUCCCAGAAGGUGGAGAAGAAGAUCAGGGCGAAAGCAUUCCAAAAGUGCCCCAUCUGUGAAAAGGUGAUCCAGGGGGCUGGCAAGCUGCCGCGCCACAUCCGCACCCACACCGGCGAGAAGCCCUACGAGUGCGACAUCUGCAAAGUCCGAUUCACCAGGCAGGACAAGCUGAAGGUUCACAUGAGGAAACACACAGGGGAGAAACCUUACUUGUGCCAGCAGUGCGGAGCCGCUUUUGCUCACAACUACGACUUGAAGAACCACAUGCGCGUGCACACUGGCCUCAGGCCCUAUCAGUGUGACAGCUGCUUCAAGACUUUCGUCCGCUCUGACCACUUGCACAGGCACCUUAAAAAAGAUGGGUGCAACGGCAUCCCGUCCCGGAGGGGCCGCAAGCCCCGGGUGAGAGAUGCCGGGGGGCUGCCCACCCCCACAGGGAACCCCGAAGACGGAAGCUUUCAAGCCGGUGGGGAGAGUCAAGAAUCAGAGGACACCAUGCAGAGGAACGGCCAAGAGCAGCACUUUGAAGAUAGUUCUAAUAAUGAAGCGCCAGGAUUGAAUGUAGCAGGAGGGUCGUCCGAGGGCAACACGCAAGGACUCUCCUAAACCAAAAAACGAAAGUGUCACAAAAUCUAGUUAGUACUUUUUCCUCCGAUUUUUCUCUUUAAAAGAUGUUUCUCUCCCUUUUUUAAAAAAAAAAAAAAGAAAUAUAUAUAUAUAUUAUGUUUCCAAUCUUCCCAUCGUAACCAGGGCUCCCCCGAGGAUCCCUCCGUAGCCAAGGACCUUUUCGUGGAAAGGCAGACGCUAGGAAGCGUGGGGCGGGGAUGGAAAGCGGCUCUGUUGCAUGGAAAGGAGCUUCCAUGUAAAUCCAAAGCUUUAUUUUGUGUCCAAACACAC